AUGACUACUUGGACUCCCUCCACUGACUUUGACCCGCGAACCCAGUUGGUCCCCAACAUUGUGGAUCAUUAUGCUAAGGUCAAGCCGGAGGCGAUAUAUGCAGAAUACCCAGUGAACCCCAUGAGCUACGAUGAUGGGUACCGGCCGGUCACCUACAAAGCCCUUGCCAAUGCGAUCAAUGGCGUUGCCAAGUGGCUGACCGAAACGCUGGGCCCUGGGAAUGGGAAAGAGACCCUGGCCUAUCUGGGUGGGAAUGACCUGCGGUAUCCAGCGUUGGUGUUGGGCGCAGUCAAGGCCGGAUACUGUAUAUUCCUGACUUCACCGCGCAACAGUGCAGUAGCUCACCAGUCGCUCUUCACCAAGCUUGAAUGCACCACGUUGCUGGCGCCGUCGCCGCAUCCUCCAUUUAUUGCGGGCAUACAGGCGGCCCACCCUAUCCUCAGGGUCGUCGAUGCCCCAAGCACCAAUGAACUUCUCACCACGGAAUAUCCCCCAUUUCCCUAUCUCAAAACAUACCCCGAGGCCGCCCAUGAUCGACUCGCAAUCUUGCACACUUCCGGGUCGACGGGGAUCCCCAAGCCUAUUAUUUGGACCCAUGAGGGCGCGGUAAAGCAUAUGCACAUGCAGCGACUGGCAAUCCCCGAGGGCUGUGAGGGCCAAGACCAAUGGGGCUUUGGCAAGCGCGUGUAUCUUUCCUUACCACCCUUUCAUGCCGCAGGGCUGGGACACAUCCUUUUUAUUAUGAUGCCCGUCGACUGUACUCUUAUUAUACCUACCGCCGCCGGCCUACCCAGCGCCGCCGGUCUCGUGGCAGCCAGGAAACAGACUCCGUUUGACUGGGCGAUCGCCGUGCCUUCAAUUGUACAAGAACUGGCCCAGAAUCCAGAGCUCUUGGACUACAUCAGCCAGCAUCUGGAGUACAUGAUGUACUGCGGUGGCGAUCUCCCCCAGGUAAUUGGAGACACAGUUGCGCGGAAACUGAAGAUUGUGAACGGCUAUGGCGCAACGGAGAUGGGGAUUCUAAACGUUAUCCACAAGAAGAGUACCUGGGACCCGUUGACUGACUGGCGUUACCUGCAUUUCCACCCGGAACUGGGUAUGGAGUUUCGACACGUGUCCGGCAGCGAGUAUGAGGCCGUGGUUGUGCGUACUCCAGCACGUGAAGGCCAUCAGUUCCCCUUUCAUAUCUUCCCGGACCGCCAGGAAUACCAUACCAAUGACCUGAUGAUACCUCAUCCUACGAAGCCUGGUCUUUGGCGUCCAUCCGCGCGUCUGGACGAUGUUAUUGUCUUCCUCAAUGGCGAGAAGACCAACCCGGUUUCGAUGGAGCAAUACAUUGUCUCUUCCAAUCCUGGGGUUGUAACAGGGGCCCUGGUCGCUGGUACACAGCGCUUUCAAGCCUCGCUGCUGGUGGAGCUGGGCGGUGUAGAUAAAGCGUUGAGUACGAGUGAGCGCGCUGCUUGGAUUGAGAAGAUCUGGCCUAGUAUCCAGCAAGCCAAUACUGAGUGCCCUGCUCACGCUCGUAUUACAAAGAGUCAAAUUCUCUUUACUACCCCAGACAAGCCUAUGCUGCGGGCUGGGAAGGGUACUGUGCAGCGCGCGGGGACCUUGGCACUCUACGCUGCGGAGCUUGAUGCUCUCUAUAAUGACGCUGAGCGCUUCACACAGCUGGAUGGAGGCCAGAUCGCUGGCCCCAGGAGCAUGGAUGAUGCGGUUCAGGUCACGGCCUAUAUCCGGGAUUCUAUUCUUAGCAUCACAGGCUGGAAUGCAGAGCUGUCGGAUGACAAGAACUGGCUUGAGAUGGGCUUGGAUUCCCUGCAAGCGAUCACCUUGACGCGUGUGCUCAAGCAGGGUCUCAACCUCCCUACCUUGACGCCUAAUCUUAUCUACCUGCAUCCCUCGGUCAGAGCACUUACCCAGGCCGUCCAGCAGCUGCAUCAUCAGGGUGAAAGGUCGAAGGAGCAGCAGCAGCAGGCCCUACUCCAGGAACGAGAGCAACUCCUGCAGGAGCUCACUGCUCAGAUCGAGAAGCCAAAUCCUGCUAUUCGCGUGACUGCAUCCCCUGCGUCACAUACCGUGAUCCUGACCGGCUCCACCGGCCAAUUAGGAACCUAUAUCCUUUCCAGCCUUCUUCAGAGCCCCUCAAUCAAGCAUAUCCACUGUCUAAACCGCAAUGACCGCGCUCAGGACAAGCAAAGCGAACGCCUCGCAGCGUACGGACUGGCCGCGCUGUCGGAGCACGAAUCGCACGUGAGCUUCCACAGUGCAGACCUCAGCCGAAGCGAUCUGGGCCUCCAACACGAGAUUCUCACUCAGCUGCAACAGACGGCCACCCUGGUUAUCCACAACGCCUGGCCCGUCAACUUCAACCUGCCACUUGCCUCCUUCAAGCCCCACCUGCAGGGCGUCGUCAACCUCCUCAACUUUACCACCCGCAGCGUCCAGUGUCGACAGUUAUUCCUCCUUUCCUCAGUGAGCUCCAUCUUCGGCCACCGCACCGAGCAACCCAGCCCCAUCCCAGAGACCGUCAUCGAAACCACCACGCCAGCCCCAAACGGCUACGCCAACAGCAAGUACAUCGCCGAGCACCUCCUCGCGCACGCAGCACAUCAACAAGGCAAGAGAACCCCGCACUACACAUUCGCCCGCAUUGGCCAGGUCGCCGGCGCCGUCCGCGCCGCGGGCCGCUGGAACCCGACGGAAUGGUUCCCCUGCCUCGUCCGCAGCGCCCGACACCUCCAUGCCCUCCCCGAUACCCUGGGGGACACGCUCGACCGCAUCGACUGGGUGCCCGUGGACCUCCUGGCAGAUAUCCUCAUCGACCUGGCGCUUCGCGGGGCUGAGAACAACCAGAAUGCAGGAGUACAAGUCUUCCACCCCGUGAAUCUCCACGCCCAGCCUUGGAAUGCGAUCCGCCCCGUCGUCGCCAAGGCCCUCGCCACCGACAAGGAAAGUAUCGAGACUGUCCCGCUUCGCAAGUGGGUGCAGCUGGUCCGGCAGGACAUGGAGACCGCGACAAACCGUGGGCAAGGGGUUGGCGAGGAGGACAUGCAGGUCCGUCUAGAGCGGAACCCGGCCGCCAGGUUACUGGGAUUCUUCGAGGGAUUGCUAGCGACGACGUCUGAGGACACCACCAUUCUCGAGACGGAACGGACGGCCGAGGUGAGUGAGAAGUUGCGUGCGGUCGAUGGGGUGAAGGCCGAGUGGCUGGAGAAGUGGAUGGCGGAGUGGUUGUUGAACUAG